AUGAGGAGUGUCGUGCCCAGGAUCGAGAAGCUGGCCGAAGACCACUACGCGGUGACGUGCAAGAAGUCUGGGGGCUCUGAGGAGCGCGUGCUGGAGGUGGGGCUGGUGAUGAUGGCCACGGGGCGCAAGCCCAAGACGGCGGGCGUAGGCCUCGAGGACGUGGGUGUGGAGCUGGCGGGUGACGGGUCCAUCAAGGUGGACGAGUUCAGCCGCACCAACGUGCCCAGCGUGUGGGCCAUCGGUGAUGUCACCAACCGCAUCAACCUCACGCCCGUGGCCCUAAUGGAGGGCAUGGCCCUGGCCAAGACCAUUUUUGGAGGGGAACCCACCAAGCCCGACUAUCAGUUCGUGGCCAGCGCGGUCUUCUGCCAGCCGCCCCUCGCAUCCGUCGGGUACUCCGAGGAGGAAGCUGUGGCGAAGCUGGCCGGCCCCGUGGACGUCUACUCCAGCAACAACCACUAG